AUUCCAUUCCACAACAAUCGCAUACACUCACAUCAAACUAAUUCUACCUAUAUUAAUCAGUUAAUCACCGAAACUAUUCAAGCACUUGGUCUAUCACACCAUGCUCCAGCCACGGGGCUCAACAUGGGAUGGCUUGCCAAGAGAGAUCCGGCUUCUCAUCUUUAAAUGCCUGAUGCAAGACGGCUGCAGACUGGGGCCGUUGGCCACGGUGUCUCGAGAAUGGCAAACGGAGAUCGAGCGACAUAACUUUUCUCGACUCAGACUAACUCCCUCAUGUCUAGCCAAUUUUAACGCGGUGAUUCAGAGGAACCGGGCUCUGGUGAAAUAUAUCUGGUUCUGCUUAGAACUUGAUGAUUACGAUUGUACCACGUGCGCACCUGACCGGGGAAAACUCACCCAAGACGAGUACGAAGAGGCAUUUGAGAUCAGCGGUACAGAUAAAUGUCCCAUCACCACAGGAUUCCAGGAUCUGUUUUCGAUUCUCAGCACAUGGGAUCCUUACAAUGAUCUAACACUUGAUAUCAGUAUCUAUUCACCUAGCGACUCAAAACAUUGGUUCCCAUACCUGAACUUUAUGCCCGACGUCUCUUUUGAUACGCCGGGUGAUCAUUGUCCAGAGACGAUGAUACUAAACCGGGACCAUCAUGACCCUCAACAUGGCUGGGUUGCCGGUUUUCGACACUCGGCCCCACCCAGCGAUGCUAUCUUGAAAGUGUUCAAUGAAGUCAUGGAGGUGGGACCGUUUGAUAGUUAUCAGUCGGAGCUCCAAUGGUGGGAUCAGCUUCCUUCAGUUCCAGCUGUAACCAGUUUACUUCUCCGGCAACAGAGCCGCCGGCGAUGGAAGUCGGCCUCGCUAGCACGUAUGUUUGCCCGGUUUCCCAGGCUUCAGGCAGUCUAUUAUGAACCCUGGAGGGAAUGGGACGUCCUGCAGAGACGUACAGAUAAAGGCUACCAACAUCUUUUCGAGUCUAUCCAACGGUGCACCAAUAGUCUUAAAAGACUCGUGGUCUUUGAGAAUUUUAAUCAACAGUACCCAACUACUAUGCAGCGAUUUCUGUGGGGAGAGGACUUGUCCAAGUGCGACAGGAUCCGCAGCCCCGACCCCGCUGUUAGCCAGAUGGUUGCGCUCGCCAGUCUCAAGCUUGAGCAUCUCGCAGCAUCCUUUAUCGCAGAUGCCAGCUAUUUCUUGGAGAUUGAUCCCACUUGGGAGUGGCCAAACCUAACAUCACUUGUUCUUACUUCAAAGUUACUCACGCCCGACGAGAAUCCGACCGAGACUGGAGCUAUGCUUCGGGCAGCAGCAGCAGCAGCUAUGAAGAUGCCCCGGUUAGAAAUAAUGGAGAUCUGGAACGGAAGAAAGGGGCUAGCAGCACUCUUCAGAUACCAGGCGUUCCAUAACGCACAACAAGCUGUAAUUGUUUGGAAAGGUACAUGGAGGUUUAUCAUGGAAACAUCCAUCAUUCAGGCUUGGGAAGCUGUUAUGAGUCAGUAUGAUGGUCGGAAACUCGAGUUGGUACAGGAACAACUGGAUGGAGCUGCUAUCGAGUCUCACGGCGAUGCACUUCACUACUUGAAGCUUUCAAGCCAGGCCAUUCGAUCCAUCUCAUUACAGCAAAUCCGAAUGGAACAGAAGGCUUUAGAGGGCGUAGACACCAUACAAUAGGAAUAAAAACAUCAAUAACAGGAAAGGUAUAGCCCGCAAGCAACAAACAUGGCAGUUCGAGGAGGCGAUCAUUAUGAGGGCAGUCUCAUAUAUGGGGGCUGUGUCUGCUGACAACUGUUGCUACAUGGCCAACCUCUAUGAAAUGAAG